AUGGCAACUCCAAUAUCCAAGAAAAGAAAAUUUGUAGGCGACGGAGUUUUUAAAGCUGAAUUGAAUGAAUUUUUAACGCGAGAAUUGGCUGAAGAUGGUUACUCUGGGGUGGAAGUCCGUGUUACUCCAACACGAACAGAAAUUAUUAUUAUGGCCACUAGAACCCAAAGCGUUUUGGGAGAUAAGGGUAAAAGAAUUAGGGAGUUGACUUCUGUCGUUCAAAAGCGAUUCAAUUUCCCUGAAGGAACCGUAGAACUCUAUGCUGAAAAAGUUGCAGCAAGAGGUCUAUGUGCUAUUGCACAGGCUGAAUCAUUGAGAUAUAAAUUAAUUGGUGGAUUAGCCGUUCGAAGAGCAUGCUACGGUGUUUUAAGAUUUAUAAUGGAAUCAGGAGCUAAGGGUUGCGAAGUAGUAGUUUCUGGUAAAUUAAGAGGUCAAAGAGCUAAAUCCAUGAAAUUUGUCGAUGGUUUAAUGAUACACAGUGGUGAACCCACUAAUGAUUAUGUUGAUUGUGCUACGAGGCACGUACUAUUGAGACAGGGAGUUUUGGGAAUCAAAGUUAAAAUCAUGCUUCGUUGUGAUCCAAAUGGAAAAGUUGGACCUAAAAAACCAUUACCGGAUUGCGUUGAAGUUCCCGGACCUAAAGAAGAAAUUAUUCCCACUGUACCUUCUAGUGAUCUAAAAGGUGUUAAAAUGGAUAUGAUUGCUGCCGUGGCAUGA